AAAAUACUGUAAGAGAUGGAAAGUGGUCCUUUCAAUCGACGGUCCUGGGCAGCACAGUCCUUGCGUGUCACUGCGAAGGAGCUGUCACUCAGCGGCCGAGGGAGAAACAAUGCCAUUGCUGAACGCUUCUCCAAGUACCAGAGAGCUGCUGAGGAGUCAAGUGCCGAGAAGAAAACAGGAUCUUUUGAGAGGUCGUCACCCUCCAGGCGUUCAGGCAACCUCAGUGCUCUGAAGAAGCGCUGGGAGCCGGCACAGGACAAGCCUUCUUCUAUACCUCAUCCUCCCAGCCCGUCCAGCUAUCACAGCAGGCCUCUUGCUCUGGCCAGGUCUGCUACUAUCCCUGAGCACCCUCCUCCAGUGAAGAGCCCUGGCCUGCCGACCGCUCAGAAAGGUCAACUCACUGCCAGUCUUUUCGAGCCGCCCGCAGUUACUCAAGAAGCAUCCAAAGGGGAAGAGCAGGGAGGCAUGGAUAGGGAUGAGCUGACACACCGUGAAAGACCAGAAAAGGUUGAAGAGCAAGUUCCAGCCAGCCCCUGUGCCUCUUAUGAAAAACCCAGAGUGCCACUGAACAACCUGAAGAUGAAGUUUGAGAGGGGAGAGGACACCAUGGGCAAGGGAGGCAGAACAACAUCACGCAGUAGUUCAUCAGAGGACGUGGACCAUCAUGGUGGUCUGUCUGUGUCUGACAGAGUGCUGGAGUCCACAUCCAUGAAGGAGAAGAUGGCCAAGUACCAGGCUGCUGUUUCUAAACAAGGCACCACUCGCUCCGGUCUAGCCCCAGAGGUGCCUGCUCCAAAAACAUCUGCACCAGUUAAUCAGAAAUGCAUUCCUGCACCUGAGUGCAAUGGGGAGAGCAACGAGCGUCCCAAAGCAUUUAGGAAGUUCAGCCCACCGGUGAAGGAGACAUGCAUCGCUUGUCUAAAGACGGUGUACCCACUGGAGAGACUGGUGGCUCUUCAGCACGUCUACCACAAAAGUUGCUUCCGGUGUGUUCACUGCAGCACGACGCUCAGCAUAGUGAACUACGCCUCCCUGCAUGGUAAUGUCUACUGCAAGCCCCAUUUCAACCAGCUUUUUAAAGCUAAAGGCAACUAUGAUGAGGGUUUUGGCCAUCGGCCUCACAAGGAGCUUUGGGAGCCUCGAGCUGAUGGAGACGAAGGUGAGGAAGCGGUGAUGCCAAAGGAACACGAGGGACCAGCAGCGGUGACGCGUCCAGCUGAGAGUAUCUCAGACAAACAGGCAACCCCGACUGUGGAAACAUCCCCACAGGUUAAGGUUACAGACCUGACUGCCUUACUUGAGACACGUGUGCAGACCCAUUCCAGGUCUGGUGAGAUGCUCGAGUCUACAGAGAAGCCAGCGGAGAAACGUAGGCUGAGGGUCGCCUGGCCUCCCAUGGCUGGUGAGGGCCACUCUGAGACAGAAGCACUUAGUCCAGUCACGGAGGGAGUUUCUUCAGGCCGACCGUGGAGAGCCAAGUGGCCUCCAGGAGACGAGCUGCCAUCAUCCUUCCAGAGCUCAGAUCGGGCUGAACUGAAGAGCCUGAGGCGGAGCUCUUCUCUAAAGGAACGCAGUCGGCCUUUUACACUUGCCGCUAAACCCAGUCCAGCAAUUACUCUGGCACCAAGGGAACCACGGCGCCCUCUCAAAUCCCUGCUGGAAUGGAGAGCAUCAUUUGAGGAAAAACACUCAUCUGAAGAACCACCCAAGGAAAACAAUCCAGAACUUCAGCCGGUGAAGCAGCAGGAAAAGAAAGAGAAGAGCGCCUCAAAUACCAGCGAAGAUGCAGCAAAUGCAAGCAAGACAAUCUCAGAGGAGGACGUGGAGCCUGAGCAACAGGAAGAAAGACAUAAACAAGUACAGAAAGGAAAGGCAGCAGCAGAGAAGAUGGUGGCGGAAGAAGGCUCUCUUAGAAGCAUCUCCCCGGAUAUCUCUCCACCUUUGCAGCCAAAACAGAACCGCGGCUCACAGGAUGUGGGCUUCUGGGAGGAGGACAAAGAAGGAAGUGAUGCAGAGGAGCUGAGUGCAGAGGAUAUAAUCAAGAGGAACCGCUACUAUGACGAGGAGGAGGAGGACUCUGACUCAUAGGAACAUCUUACAGUCUUACUGUCAUGUCCAUCCAACACGUUGCCAGUUUUGUUUUCUCAGUCAAUAGGUAGAUCACACAUGUAGCUUUGCCAGAUUUUAAAGGAGAGAUGCUAAACUUGCAAUAGUUGUGUGGCUGUGUGCGUGUAUGUGCAUUUAUAUUACAAUAACUGCCCAUAAUGGUUACAUGUUAUUUAAUUUAAUUGUAUACUGUAAAAAUAUCAAAUACCGCUUUAAAUGACCCUUGAUUGGAAGUUGGACCUUUUUAUUAAACUCAUUUAUCUUCUGAUAAUUAUAUGCACAAUAAUCAGUGACCUAUUAUUCACAGUUGGUGUACAAAAACCAUUGUACUUUACGUGGCACUUUAAGUGCUUUUUAAUGACAGGCAGUACCUAGCAAAACUGUCACUAUGUGUGUUUUUGCCCUUCCUAGAAUGCAGAAAAGACUUAAAUAUCUUAUACCAAAAAAGUGCACAGCAGUACUGUAUUUGUAAAAUGUUUUGGAGAGUAAAUGUCUGGGCCUUUUGUGGUUCAUAUUCCUAAAUAUUGCCUCAAUUUGAAUUGUAAAUUAAAGAAAUAGCAAACCAGAAAUGAGAAUGCUCUGGAUUAGGUUUUAGCAAACCUUCAAAUCAACAAAAUGAUUACUAUUUUUAGUAGUUUUUUUUUUUGAGCAGACACUAUGUAGUCUAUGGCUUUGGCAGAGCCAUUACCUUCACCCAGCACCGGAAUUUAGUCGGUAAACCUUAAUAACCACCAUUACAACAAUAACAGGAGACAAUAUGAUCAAUCAAGGUUUCUACUGAUGACUAACCUUUCAGUCUAAUAGCAUAUACGUUGUAUCAUCUCCUUGGGCCUUCUGGAUUUGUUAAACAUUUUCAAAUGUGAUCCACUUUAGAUAGUAUUUCAAACACUUUGUAUUUUAAUGUAUCUUUUUUUUUUAAACCAUUUUUAUAAUUUUCAAAUUUGGGUGUUGCAGUCUGAACUGUUGAUGAAACAAUUAAAAUGGAUACCAAA